GUCACCACAACGUCACGUGGAGUCCGCUUUACCAGACUUUAAAAGCCAGGUUCUCUGCGUUAGCAGCCAGUUGUCAAACUGCGAGCUAAGAGCUUCAGGAGUGUCGGGACCCUGCUUACGAAGGAACUCAGCGCUGUAUCCUGCCAGCUCCGCCGCCAGCUCCGCUGCCACCCGCUGCUGCCACGGCCGCUGCCACCUCUGCGAUGCUAUUCCGAGCUGUGCUGAUCUGCGCCGCCCUGGCGCUCAGCCAUGCAGCAAAUCCUUGCUGUUCCAACCCAUGUCAAAACCGUGGUGAAUGUAUGAGCAUAGGAUUUGACCAGUAUAAGUGUGACUGUACCCGGACUGGAUUCUACGGUGAAAACUGUACUACACCUGAGUUUCUGACAAGAAUCAAAUUAAUGCUGAAGCCCACCCCAAACACAGUACACUACAUCCUGACCCACUUCAAGGGAGUCUGGAACAUUGUGAACAACAUUCCCUUCCUGCGAAGUUCAAUCAUGAGAUAUGUGUUGACAUCCAGAUCACAUUUGAUUGACAGUCCACCAACUUACAACGUCCACUAUGGUUACAAAAGCUGGGAAGCCGUCUCCAACCUCUCCUACUACACCAGGGUUCUUCCUCCAGUAGCCGAUGACUGUCCAACUCCCAUAGGUGUGAAAGGAAAUAAGGAGCUUCCUGAUUCAAAAGAAGUGCUGGAAAAGGUUCUUCUCAGGAGAGAGUUCAUCCCCGAUCCACAAGGCUCAAAUAUGAUGUUUGCAUUCUUUGCCCAGCACUUCACUCAUCAGUUUUUCAAGACAGAUCAGAAGCGAGGACCUGGGUUCACCCGAGGACUGGGCCAUGGAGUGGACUUAAAUCACAUUUACGGUGAAACUCUAGACAGACAACAUAAACUGCGCCUUUUCAAGGAUGGAAAAUUGAAAUAUCAGGUCAUCGGUGGAGAGGUCUAUCCUCCCACAGUCAAAGACACUCAGGUAGAAAUGAUCUACCCUCCUCACAUCCCUGAGCACCUGCAGUUUGCUGUGGGGCAGGAAGUCUUUGGUCUGGUGCCUGGUCUGAUGAUGUAUGCUACAAUCUGGCUCCGGGAGCACAACAGAGUGUGUGAUAUCCUCAAACAGGAGCAUCCUGAGUGGGAUGAUGAGCGACUGUUCCAAACCAGCAGACUCAUACUCAUAGGAGAGACUAUCAAGAUAGUGAUCGAAGACUACGUGCAACACCUGAGUGGCUACCACUUCAAGCUCAAGUUUGACCCAGAGCUCCUUUUCAAAGAGCAGUUCCAGUAUCAGAACCGCAUUGCCUCUGAAUUCAACACACUCUAUCACUGGCACCCCCUGCUGCCCGACACCUUCAACAUUGAGGACCAGAAGUAUACCUACAAACAGUUUCUCUACAACAACUCCAUCCUCCUCGAACACGGACUCGCUCAGUUUGUUGAAUCAUUCACCAGACAGAUUGCUGGCCGGGUUGCUGGGGGUAGGAAUGUUCCAAUUGCUGUACAAGCAGUGGCAAAGGCUUCCAUUGACCAGAGCAGAGAGAUGAAAUACCAGUCUCUCAAUGAGUACCGCAAACGCUUCUCCCUGAAGCCUUACACAUCGUUUGAAGAACUUACAGGAGAGAAGGAAAUGGCUGCACAGUUGAAAGCCCUCUACAGUGACAUCGAUGCCAUGGAACUCUAUCCUGCCCUGCUGGUGGAAAAGCCUCGUCCAGAUGCUAUCUUUGGGGAGACCAUGGUAGAACUUGGAGCACCAUUCUCCUUGAAAGGACUUAUGGGUAAUCCCAUCUGUUCUCCUCAAUACUGGAAGCCGAGCACCUUUGGAGGAGAAGUGGGUUUUAAGAUCAUCAACACUGCCUCAAUUCAGUCUCUCAUCUGCAAUAAUGUGAAGGGGUGUCCCUUCACUUCAUUCAAUGUGCAAGAUCCACAGCCUACCAAAGCAGCCACCAUCAAUGCGAGUGCCUCCCACUCCAGACUAGAUGACAUUAACCCUACAGUACUAAUCAAAAGGCGUUCCACAGAGCUGUAAAAGUCUACUGACCAUAUUUAUUUAUUUACAUGAACAAUUUUAUUUAAUUAUUUAAUAUUUAUACUGAGUGCUUUUUUUUCACUAACAUCUUCUAUAACAGAAGACGAUGUUCUUGAACAAUGUUACAUUUGUGAAGAUUCCCAUGUUUGUACUUUAAAUAUGUGUUACCCGAAAGGGAAAAACAGCUUUCAUUUUUCUGCAUAAGCCAGUGAGAAGGGAAAUGGAUUUUGAUAUCUUUAUACUUGAAUUUCAGCUCAUGGAUAGCUUAAUAAGAACAAAGGAAAGAUGUAUGACUAUUUAAGUGCUAUUACAAGAUGAAAAAUGCUGCAGGUAUCAACACUGAUGGUUAUGACCGUGUCCUCCUUACUAUGUUAGAAGCAUGUAAUGUGGAAUUUCUUUUAAAUAAUGCAUAUCUUUAUCUCAUCAAACAAACGGGUACAAGUUCAGUUUUAAGUGAGCGUUGAAGGCAGAUACUGGCAACUCUCUCAUUUUUAAAAGCAAUCUUGAAACAAAUAACUUGAAAUUUCUAAAUUGGGAGUUUGAAUCACUUUCGAAAGGCCUUAGUUUCUUAAGCUGUCAAGUUUGUACCCACAGCAAUCAAACAGGCAUCAUAAACAUAAAUCUCCAAAACUAGUAGUAAUUAUAUUAUUAUUGAUGGUUAAGACACCACGUCAGGGAUUUUCUUUUAUCAGGAGUAGUGAAAAGCUACUUACUAUGACAAUCAGACCUUCCUUGUAUGUCAAAAUGCUGGCAUAGGAAGGUCAUAGAGCCUGUGCUGUUCUGUCUUAAACUAUGGGUAUGAGUUUUUAAGCUUGUUUAUGAGUGGUAGCCAGCAAAAUCUAUAGGAACAAAAGAGUCUACAAAUGAAAUAACCAAGAACAAAGAAGGGUUCCAAAUUAAAGAUCACAUCUGGGAUUAAACUUCUGAAGGAGAUUUUCUGAUCCUUCAGGUGUGAUGCUGGUCUGGUACUCAACAGGUUUUUGCUGUGAAGUUAAAGACUCACCAGGCUGGACAUUAAACAGUUUUUUCUGUUGCACAGUAUGACGUAAUAGUCCAUCUCUCAAUGCAAAAGAUAUCAGUGGCCUGUGAGCUUCUUCAAAAUAUUGACAUGUCUUUCAGCUCAUGGUACCUGGAUGCUGUAGGGCCCAUGCAAUAUAUGAGUUCAGCCUGGAUGCCAGCAUGCUGCUCCUCUUAGCUCUGUUUCUUAUAGUCAUUUUACUAUGAGAAACUGCUGAUUGAUUUUCUGUUGCUGUGUUCUGGGUUUUUAGUAUCAGAAGCAUUCUUUCUUUAACCUCUAUUAAUAUUUUCUCUACUUGAAGUUUUAUAUUCAGGAAAACCUCAGCUCAGGACUACUAUGUAGCUCCCCUUUGGAGGAAAAGAAUUACUUUAGGCAAAAGGCAAAAAAAAAAAAAAAUUUAAAUAUAUUUUUAUUUAUAAUUAUAUGGAAGGGCCCUACCAAGAUGCCGGAAAUGUAGGGGGUUUCUGACAAGAAAGUCACAUUCUUGUUCUGAAGAAUUGCUUUUUUACUUAAAAACAAAGUCAGUUAGUGGAUAGUUCUGGGCAAUAGGAAUAAAUAUGAAACAAUAAUGAUGAUCAUUUUCUACAUCUCAUUAUCAGCUGAGGUACUGUAUAUUACUGAAUUUAUUGAAGAUAGUUAUGUCUUUUAGACAUUAUUGUUAUAAACCAUGUUUAAGUCUACUACAAGUGUUUCUUUUUGCCUUGUGUCAGAAUUGAUGUACCUUUUUAUGAUUACCUCUCUGAACUACUGUGUAAGAAAACAAAAAAAAUAAUGAGAUUAAUGUUUGUGGAUAAAUUUUAAGAAAACUAGUAUAUUUUAUUGAAAAGUUUAAAGUUAGAACUUAGGCCAUUGGAAUUUACUCAUGAAGCAGACUGCAUAAAAUCAAUAUUGACUCACUUAUGCAUGUUAUAAAGACUAACAUUUUAGACAUUUUGAAGGCCCUAUAGGUGCUUUAUUAAUUAGUUAGAAUUUAAUUUAUUAAAAAAUAUAUCCAAAGCACUAUAGGCAUUAGAAUUUGUGAAUCAAAAACUGAUUAUAAAUAAUAUUGAUAUAAUGUAAAUAACUAAAAAGUGUAUCUUAUGAAGAAAUAUGUUUUAUUACAAAGAAAUUAUAAAACAUUUUGAAGAUUAUAUGCUUUAAAAGUUUAAGAUCAGAAAAUAAUCAACUUUAGAAAAAAUGUAUAAAAAUUGUUAAUGUCAUUGAUUUUAAAAAAAAAAGCCAACAUGAUUGUUGUGACUAUCAACCUGCUGACUGAACCUGUACAUUCAGCUUAAGUAUGUGACUGCUACAGUGCCUCAGAGAAAUUUGUAUUUAAAUUAACUCAUGUAAAAAAAAAUCUUAGAACAAAUGCUUGUUUAUUUUUAUACUUAUUUAAGAAUUGAAAACUUCUGAAAAUAAAGUUUGAUUGUUUCUUUAUA